GUAUCUGUUUGCACACUCGUUCACUGACCCAUUGAUGUAUACAUAGCGUUUGAUAAACAUAUGUGGCUCAUAUUUUAAUGAAAAAUGUCACAGGUGAAAAUUCGUCAUCCAAUUCAAUUAAUUAAAUAUUUGGUAUUCAAUACGACCUGGGGAACAAAAGAAGGUAGUGAACAUGAAAAGCUAAUCUAUUAUUAUGUCAAACCAACGUUGGUCGUCGGUAUUGAUCAGAAAAUAUCCGAUGUUGGCCUAGCCGAAGCAGUCAUCAAUUUCGGGCGACAAUUCGGUCAAGUAACCAAAUCAUUACAAGGUGAUCGUUUACGUUUCAUAUUCCAUGAAUUGGCUCCAAAUUUUUGGUCAUCAAUGUUCAUAUCUGAAUCGUAUUCUGUACAUAAAUCUGGCGAAGAUUCUACGCAGAUAGCAGAAUAUCAUGAGAAUGAAAUCUGUGAUAAUUUUAAACUUAAAUUAGAAAAUAUCUACAAUUAUUUCAGGCUUUUGAAUGGACCGAUUGAAGAAUUGUGUGACAAACUAUCUCGUCAAGAAUUCCUGGAUAAAUGUCAUGAUUUUUUCGACAAUUACGUUCCACAUAUCGAAAUAUUACCGUUCAAUUUGAUCGAGCUAUAUUCGUCGAUACAAUAUCUUCCCCUUAGUAACACAACAUUCAUGGCUGUUCAAAGUUUAUUGAAUUGUGUACAGGCCAAUGAUUGGAGAAUCGAUUCCUAUAUUUUCAUCUACAAUGAUCAAUUAGUAUCCAGUUCAUUGUCCUUGUUCGAUACGCAAAUUCUAUACAAUUACCUGACCAACAUUGUCAUACCAGAUGCUGUGAAAGAAGAGAUAAGUGGUAUAUCGAAUAAAACACGAUGGCUUCAAGUAGAUUUUCGCAUCUAUCUAAUGGGCCAUCCUGGUCAUGGAUCAGCAUUCCGUAAUCUUUGUCUAUUCCGAUCGAUUAAUGGUUCGACCAUCGGAUUGAUAUUGACCGAAUUUGAUGAAAAUAUUCUGAAAGAAUGUGGAACACUACUUUCUAGCCGACUGGUGUCAUUAACGAACAAACUACAUGAAACAGUAACCCAAAUAGCUAAACAACCAGAUUCAAAAUUAACUAAUGAUAGCUCAGCCAAAGAUAUUAAAUUUAUCUAUUUCAAUUACAGUAAUUGUGCUCAACGUGGCAAUUCAAAUUGCCGUAAAUUGAUUGAUUCAGAUUUUACACGAUUGAUUAUCGAUGUUGAAUCUGAUCUACAACAACGAUUCACUGAGGAACAAGUAUUCGAAUUGAUUGGUAAAAAUAUGAAUGAUGCAUGGUUAGUGGCACGUAAUUCUGAUAGUAGAGCCCUGUUCGCUAUGCUCAACUAUAAAAACGCGAACGUUAUCGAAGCAAGUGAAAUGAUUGAUGCAAUGCAAAACAAACAUUUUAAAAAUUUAUUUUUCGGUAUUUGAUUGUUUAAAAUAAAAUAAAUUUAUCAUUCA